AUGCUUGCAGUUAGUAUGGAGAAAAAGAGUAAGAAGAAAAAACUAAAAGCUGUCGGUGACUUGACAACUUCUGGAAAAGAUCUUAUUGCUCCAGAGAAUUAUACACCUGCUUUAGAUACGAGCAAAUGGCCAUUAUUGCUCAAGAAUUACCAUCAAUUAAAUGUACGCACGGGUCACUAUACGCCCAUUCCAUGUAGUUCAAGUCCAUUGAAGCGCAAUAUCAGUGACUAUGUUCGUUACGGUGUGAUUAAUCUCGAUAAACCAGCAAAUCCUUCAUCUCAUGAAGUCGUCGCAUGGAUUCGUCGUAUUCUACGUGUUGAUAAAACGGGACACUCGGGGACGUUGGAUCCAAAAGUAACAGGAUGUCUUAUUGUAUGUAUUGAUCGUGCAACACGCCUUGUCAAGGCACAACAGGGUGCUGGUAAGGAAUAUGUGGCAGUUGUACGUCUUCAUAGUGCUAUUGAGAGUCAGGCAAAGCUUGCACGUGGUAUUGAGACUUUGACUGGAGCUUUGUUCCAACGUCCACCGCUUAUCUCGGCUGUAAAGCGUCAAUUACGUAUUCGUACCAUCUAUGCCUCCAAACUUAUUGAAUAUGAUGAAGAUCGACAUUUGGGUAUCUUUCAUGUGAGCUGUGAAGCAGGGACAUAUAUUCGUACAUUGUGUGUACAUUUGGGAUUGGUAUUAGGAGUGGGUGGUCAUAUGCAGGAGUUGCGUCGUGUACGAUCGGGUGUACUAGGAGAAAACGAUGCAAUGGUGACAAUGCAUGAUGUAUUGGACGCACAGUACCAGUACGAUACAUACAAAGAUGAGUCAUACUUGCGACGUAUUGUGCGACCACUUGAAGUGCUUCUCACGACAUAUAAGCGCAUUGUGGUCAAGGAUAGUUCUGUGAAUGCUAUUUGCUACGGAGCUAAGUUUAUGAUUCCAGGUUUGCUCCGUUUUGCAGACGAUAUUGAUGUGGGCGAGGAGGUUGUGCUGAUGACGACAAAAGGAGAGGCUAUUGCUGUUGCCAUUGCUCAGAUGACGACGGCUGUAAUGGCAACAUGUGAUCAUGGAGUGGUUGCAAAGAUCAAACGUGUGAUUAUGGAGCGGGACACGUAUCCACGUCGUUGGGGCUUAGGACCUAUGGCUCAGAAGGUUAAGAACCUUGUCAAGGAAGGCAAGAUUGGUAAGUAUGGCAAGGUCAACGAGAACACUCCGGAUGAUGUGUCGGAGCUGUAUAGCAAAGACGGUGAUAAGAAGCUUUUGAUUGAGGAAGUUGUGGAGGAGAAUGAAAAGGUUGUGGAGACUGAUGAGGCACCUAAGAAGAAGGCCAAGAAGGAGAAAAAAAGAGAAGAAGGAAAAGAAGCACAAGCAUAA